CUUGUCAUCGUUGAUUUUUUCGUCACAAUAAAGUGUUAACAAGUUUGAAUUUAGCGCAACGACAAGUGUUGUCAAUGUAGGAGACUGUUUUAUCGACAGUCUUUUCAACUUUCUUGAUCCACAAUGGCGCCCGUGGCGAAAAAGGAAAAACGCGAAGUGAAGGACAAGUCCAAGAAUGUCAUGCGGGACCUCCACAUCCGCAAAUUAUGUCUAAAUAUCUGCGUCGGAGAGUCCGGUGAUAGGUUAACCCGCGCCGCUAAAGUUUUAGAACAAUUGACAGGCCAACAGCCCGUAUUCUCCAAAGCCCGCUACACCGUCCGAUCGUUCGGCAUCAGACGUAACGAGAAAAUCGCCGUUCAUUGCACAGUCCGUGGGGCGAAGGCCGAGGAGAUCCUCGAACGGGGCUUGAAAGUCCGCGAAUACGAAUUGAGACGUGACAACUUUUCAGCUUCGGGGAACUUUGGCUUCGGUAUCCAGGAACACAUCGAUUUGGGAAUCAAAUACGACCCCAGUAUCGGUAUCUACGGUCUAGAUUUUUACGUCGUUUUGGGGCGCCCCGGCUUCAAUGUUGCCCACAGGAGGAGGAAACAAGGGAAAGUUGGAUUCCCCCAUCGUUUGACGAAGGAAGACGCCAUGAAGUGGUUCCAACAGAAAUAUGACGGUAUAAUUCUCGCGAGUAAAAAGUGAUGCGAAUCAUAUGGUUAUGUUCUAAUUUUUAACAUAUUUGUAUGAUGCGCAAACAAGUUUAUUUAAGAAAAUUCAA